CAUAUGGUGACAACGCCUGGCUCAGGUGUUCCAUACAGAGCUCGUAUUCAAACGACUCCUGGAGAGAUCUUAAAUUACUACUGCCUACAUCGUAUCCGUGCCUUUGAAUUAGCCAUAAGAUCAAAAAAGAAUGGUAAGUGUAACGAUUUGGAUGUUUCUCGUGUUGACAUUACACGGACGUGUUUCUGGUGACAAACCAUUUAAGAAAACACCGGGGAAACCAAGGAUAAAGACAAAUAAUGUCCACCACGUAUACCGACCGUAUAUAAAUGGUGAAGUGUUAAAUGUUACUAAAGUUCAGCACUUGGAGGGGAUCAAUCGCCACCAUCCGCCUUUCAAUGAACGCCGCAUUCAAGCCAAUUCUCUUAAUAGGCAUUCUGUGCAACGUGGAGGAAAGUCUCUACAGUCUAAUAAAGGCAUGGAAAUUGUUUCUAAAGUGGACACAGAGAACGCGCAAAAGGACGUCGCCUACCACAGGGAUAAAGAGCCGGACAUCCCUCUUGAUGACCAGUCACGUAGAAAGCCACAGCUACCGGGCUGGCUUAAAAGCCUUGGGGCCUCUGCGAGUGAGGGACGGUUUCCGUCAGCGGGUGAAAUAAAUGGGUAUAACAUUGCCCCCAAUGGCAGAAAACAUGACGGUAAAAUCGUUGUCUCGCUGCCGAAGCCGAAGGAGAUGAACCAGAAUAAGGUCGCUUAUUCCAAUGGAAUAAAGCAAACAAAAACCCUGCAGAGGCAUAAACCAAAAAUGAAAAAUGACUACUUAUCACAUUUAUCCCCUGAAUUGGAACUGAUGCCAAUGGUUUUAGAGGCAGACCAGCCAAUGCACCAAAAUAGUAAGAACAGCGGUCAAAUCCAGGAACCAAAUAACAACCCCGACAGCUCUGUACAAAGACAGGCUCAUCAAAUACACCAGAAAAGAAAAGAAAAUCGACCAUCAAGCAACACAAGAAAUAAUCCUAAGACGAUGGGAAAUUUUCAGCCAGAAGCCAAGAAAGUUAACAAAGAAUUGCCAUCAAACCAAGGCAUUUAUCACGAAAAACGUAUCUCGACGGCUUAUGGGAUAGAGGCCCCGGAUUCAACGGAUAAACCGAUGGGAACAGUCGUGGAGGAAUUCACAAAUGAACAGCCAGGGUUGACACCGGAUUUAAAAGUCGGUGGCGAGGAAUACGAUCGGAUAUUGCUAAGCAACAAACAGACAAAAGAGAGUGUACCGGAUGAUGAGGACGAGAAACAUGUCGAAAAAAAUUUGCCACUCUCAAAGAAAUAUGCCCAGGCAGUGCAUAAUAACCAAGGAAUCCAAAGGCAAUAUCAAUCAGAGACUGACGAGUCUCGUGGGUAUCUCCCCUCACAGGGCAAUCCUCCAGAGAAACCUCGGGGUAUUCAAAAUGCUUUCCUUGGAGAUGAGAAGAUGCCAGUUGAUUUUCGGGGCGAUCCUGACGUUUCCCCUGAUUCUCUCCCACACGCCCGGCCUCAUGACCGAGGGAAUUAUGAGCAAAGACGAGAACAACUAUCGCCGCACCCCAUUUCUCCCGAUCUCCACCCACCGAACAUGGGGAGGUCCCUACAAGUUGGCACAGGUCAGGUUCCUGGACAUUUUGGAGGAGGACGAUCAAUUCCUAAUGCCGAUCGCUCACCACCAAAGCCUGAUUAUGAAGAACUAAAACGAAAAAUGAUCAACGAAUUGAAAUUCCCACAGGCAAUUAACCAGGAGGGCGCCAAAUAUGCCAUUGCCACAUCCGGUACCACCUCCCCCACCACACGAGCGUCCCCAGGUGGUCAAACCUAA